AUGGAAUCUAUCUAUCUAUCUAUCUAUCUAUCUAUCUAUCUAUCUAUCUAUCUAUCUAUCUAUCUAUCUAUCAACCAAACCACACACACACACACACACACACACACACACACACACACACACACUGCAUCAGCUUGUUAUAGAAUGCUCACGAAUCAUUAUUUUUGCAAAAUAUUCUCCCUUUUUAAUUGCAGCGAAUUUGUUUCAUAUUCUUUUUUCUUUCUUUUCAACUCAAGUUGCUCUUCCGAAAGUACUGAUGUUUACUUACAUAUUCCUACACAAUACACGCAUCUGUUUAAUUCUAUCUAUCUAUCUAUCUAUCUAUCUAUCUAUCUAUCUAUCUAUCUAUCUAUCUAUCUAUAUCGCUGGCUAACUAGCCAUCUCAUACACACACCCUCUAUUUAUCAGUUUAUAUCUAUCUCACGCACUCUCUCAUUAUAUAUAUUAUCUAUCUAUCUAUCUAUUAAAGAUGUCCAAAUCAUAAGUUCGAGAGAGAGAGAGAGAGAAAGAGAGAGAGAGAGAGGAGGAUGCAUUUGUGGUAGCGGUGGGACUGGCGAACUGGCUGCUGCUUGCGGCGCCAAGCAGGCCGAGCCCACUUUCCUUUCCAACGCACCCUACGCUCAAGCAUCCAGACUACCGGCACCAAAUGGAACAGGUGGCAGAGGAUUCUUCUAUCUAUCUAUCUAUCUAUCUAUCUAUCUAUCUAUCUAUCUAUCUAUCUAUCUAUUGUGA